AUGGAAGACUUUAUAGUCUCGUGCCCGAUGCGAAUAAUAACAUUGGCCCCAGCAUACCCCCCUCUAGACUCGAUUUCUAAAUGCGUUCAAAUGAUUGAGCAUGGCAUUAAAUCAGGCACGCCGAUCCAGUUGCACUUGUAUUCAUCUCCAAAUAAACAUAAAACCAUUGUCAAUUUCCCCACUGUAUCUUAUGCGGGGAACAGGUCCUUUCUAAUAUACUUUAAGAUUCUAAAACUCAUACAUUGCCAACUAUUGGCUAAUGAACUAAUCUCUAAACGUCAGUUGUACUAUUUAGACGUUGCCCUAUUUGAAAAACAGGGAAAGGUGGACAAAUGUGUGGAUAUAAUAGCCAGUUCAUUAAACGCAGCAUUGGUUGAUUUGAAUAUCAUUCCAUCUCAAAAAGGUCUCGUUUACGGUAAUUUGGAUGUUAAUGGUUAUACAAUUACAAAGGAUAACGGAUCCGUCCUAAUACCUUCAAUAAGACAUUUCAAGAUUAGCUUCGAAACCAUGCCAGAUAGAAUAGUGAUUCUUGAGAAGGACGCCAUUCUGUCUGGCUUGAUAAGCAAAGAUAGAGAAUCCCAAUGUCUUGGUAAUAUCAUUCUCAUCACAGGCCGGGGUUUCCCUGAUCGUUUGACUAAAUCGUUCAUUUAUCAAUUGACAGCCCACUUCCCUCAGAUCCCUGUACACGGAUACUUUGAUGCUGAUAUCCAUGGAUUCAUGAUCUUCCAGGAAUACUCUAGCAAGCCAAUUGAAAAAAAUAGCAUUGGUCCAACAGCAGCAGUAGUAGCAGCACCAAAUCUCAAACUAAAGGGAGCCAAGCUCUUAGGCGAUACAGACUUCCUAAUGAUUAACGAGCGAGAUAUCAUAUUGACCAUUUCACAGCUUAAAAUUGCCUCUGUCUCUAAUUUAACUGGAAACCUAAGAGAAAUACAAAGAUCUUUAUUCUUGAAUGUUAAACGUGAACUUCAAUUAUCGGAUGUUCUAUUUGGAUAG